CUCAACAUGGCGCCGGGGAUGGCGUUUGCGAUCGGUCUGAUCCUCGUCGUCGGACAGCUGAAGGAAGGGCCAGGCACCCUCGCCAAGACCUUCACCUUCCCCGAAUAUCCGUACAAGGAGACUACCAAGAAUGAACUUCUCUUCAGGCAAUUCGAGCAGGCUUGCGAAGAAAGCGGCGCUUGCAAGAUCUUAUCACCGGAAAGAAGCGACAUCGCCAAAACAAGAUGCAUUCGCGAAUGCGUGUCACCGUCCUGUUACAAAGAAAUCUAUUUAUUCGAUCAGCUGGAAGAAGGUGAGAUCGACGUGAGAUUGAACUCUUUCAAGGGUUGUUUCAUGCAGCGCAACGCCCGCCCGCGAAAAUAACAAAAACCUGCCACCACGAAAAGAAACCGGAAAAAGAAACGCCGAGCACGGCAGAGGCGACUGCGAAAGGCGGCGAACACGGAUUCCAAGCGAAAGACGCACCGCACAAAUCGUGUCCGACCAGUUCCCGAAUAAUAAUAAUAAUAAUAAUAAUUAAUAAUAUGACAAUUUUUAAUAUACACUAAUUACGGCCGGGGCAUUUAGAGCGAGGAGAGCAAUCAAGCUAUUUAGCAUACACAACAAACUAUCGAUACAUUAUAUUUCAGGAUCACGCUGAAACGCACGCGUUAAACAGUUAAGCCGGGACGGAUUAAAUUCGUCCACGAUUGAUCUUUUUCUACUUUUUGUACGCACGUAUUUAACAUGUUACGAUGUUAUCGAGCAAUGUUGCACGGAUCGAAUAAACUGUUAAAGCAAA